AUGGCUGGCUGUCUCGCUAAUAGCUUCAAAUCUGCUGUGAUUUUUGCUUAUGGAUUUUUCACUCUGGUUCUCUAUGGACUCAUAGCUGUGAAGAAGGGACUUUUCUUCAAACGUCCGACUGAGAAGGAGAAGUUGGAGUUGCAGUUAGCCCGCGACCGCUUCUGGGAUCUCUCGAAAGAAUGCUUUGGUCUUUCUCAUCACAUGCUUACCCUGCGAAACGGAUUCAAAUUCCAUUACCUUUGCAAUGAUUCCCCUGAGAGCUCGACGGCGUCUCAGAAACCACUGGCGAUCUUCAUCCACGGGUUUCCUGAUAGCUGGGCCGUGUGGCGGUACAUCGUGAGCUCCAAGUCUCUUCAAUCUGCGGCUACAUUGGUUGUCGUCGACUUACCCGGCUACGGAGGAAGCGAUUGUUUGGACAAAUAUUCGGCGACAAACGUCUUGGAGAGCUUGACGGAGUUUAUCAUCACUAUCAGAGUCAAGUACGGCAUUGAUACGGAGACUGGAAACAACCAGCGACGGACGGUUAUCGUGGGGCAUGACUGGGGUUGCGUUAUCUCCACGCGGCUUGCAGCUGAAGCUCCUCAGUUGGCUGACCGGUUUAUCGUCACCAAUGGGCCGGUGCCCGGUCUGGCUGCAGCGAACAUUCGGCGACUUGUAUCCUCAUCGUCGAAAAUGUUCAAGACUUCGAUCCGCUCACCAAUCCGGUCGCGCUCGACGCUCAUCAAAGCUGUCAGGUCUCUGUGGCCUGUGUUUCGGCAAUUGAAGCUCUCGGGCUAUAUCUUUGUGAUGCAAUUGCCAAUGGGCUUUGUUAAAUACUUCGGCAGCGGGGGCAACCUUUCCUUCCUAAAGGCGGUUCAUCAAGACUCCCAUGGUGAUGUCGAUUUCACCGCUCGGGAUGCCGCAGAAUGUAUGGCUAGCACUUUGGGCCCGUCGACCGAAGAAUGCAAAACACGGACUGCCGAAGGCGACGAGUAUCCAGUUUCGGUGGAGGAGCGUGCGUUCUCUAACUUCCAGCACAUGGUUCGCUACUACCGAGAUGGGGCGGCAAUGGGCCGCUGGUGCAAAUCUGUCCAAACCAUCGCCGACCUGCAUAGCAUUGCGGGAGGGAAUCCGCUGCGGCGCACUGGUAGUGGAGUUGGCUUGUUCGAUGACGGACCUACAGGAGCGUUGAAAGCAAGCUCCACAAUCCUCUGGGGCAAGGCAGAUAUUGCUCUCGACGCUCAGCUGUGCCUUGAUGGCAUCUCGGACUACCUUGUCUACAACAGCGAGGUCGUCGUGCUCCCACGCUCUCGUCACUUCACGCCAUUGGAGCGCGAGAGCCGUGUGGCCAUCGAGAAGACCGUGGAGUGGGCUGUGAAGGGAGAACGAGAGGACAUCGGUGCCGUUGUUCAGGCUUGUUACCCUGACGCCGUGGUGACUGUUCGCAAGUAG